AUGGGCGACGGGGUGGCUUUUGAGGCUGCAAGGAAGAUUAUCAUGCACCCACUUUAUGCGCCAAGGUCUUCACCGUGGCUUGACUUGAAGGUGUUCUAUGUUAGGGUAAGCAACUGUGUGGUGGAUGAGUCUGCACCAGAGCAUCUCACGCUGAACCACAUCCCUCUGUCACCUGAUACAGUUAUCGAGGUGAAUGGCCAGCGGAGCAGCAUGCAUACCGAGUUCAUAUCCUCCUCACUGAGGAGGGACAGGGUUGACAAAAGGACAGAGGAAGCUACUUUUGUGAGCACAGAUAAUAUACGGAUGACAGGGAGUGUGAGGUUCCAAGUGUUUGAUAAGAAUGAUCUUUUGCUUACCGGAGAUCUAGAUUUAUGCAAUGCCAAUGGAGUAGUUGGGGAAUCGAAGAACAGCAGCAAGAAAUGGAAUAUGAAGUGUCAGUCAUCCACAUCAUGCAAUGGCUUCUUGAAGGGAAAGCUGUCCAAUGGCUCGGAAUAUGUACAACCUAUGAUUGAGGUUUAUGUUGCUGGAACUUUCUCUGGCACACCUAUCAUAUUAACAAAGACAAUUCAGCUUAUAUCACGAAGGAAGUCUGAAAUGAAACUAAAGCUUGAUUCCAUCCCUGAGAACGAAGCAACUGAACAACAGAAGGAAGAGUCAGCUGAGGACACUUUGAAGGUAUCAGAAUUCCAGGAUUCCAAAUCUGAGACGGAUGUUGAUGUUGACUAUAACAGCUUGUACUCAAGGCAGGACUUUCUAGAGGGUGAGGACGGUGAGCUUUCAUGGUUUAAUGCCGGUGUCCGUGUUGGUGUUGGAAUCGGCCUUGGCGUGUGUGUGGGUAUCGGAUUGGGUGUGGGCCUGCUGUGCCAAUCAAUUUUUGACCCUUGCGAUGUAAAUAUGAGUCUGGUUAAAAUAAGAUUGGAUGAUGUGGUCUGA